GGAAGGCUCAGCCCUGGGCGAACCCUGGGCCAGCCACGGGGCAACGGCCGAGAGUCACCUCUCACCAUGCCAGCCCUCUGGGAUGACAUCUUCCAGUACGAGACAGACAAAGUGCUCCGGAUCCAGAGCACGAACUAUGGCACCAUUAAGUGGAUCUUGCACAUGAUUGUCUUUUCUUACGUUAGCUUUGCUCUGGUGAGCGACAAGCUGUACCAGCGGAAGGAAGAUGUCAUCAGCUCCGUGCACACCAAGGUGAAGGGCGUAGCGGAGGUGAGAGAGGAGACCCUGGGGAGCGGCCUGAAAAAGGUGGUGCACAGCGUCCUGGACACGGCCGAUUACACCUUCCCCGUGCAGGGCAACUCCUUCUUUGUGAUGACGAACUUUCUCAAGACGGAGAACCAGGUGCAGGGGCUGUGUCCCGAGUAUCCCACCCGCAGGACACUCUGUUCCUCUGACCGGGGUUGUAAGAAGGGCUGGAUGGACCCGCAGAGCAAAGGAAUCCAGACCGGAAGGUGUGUAGUGUAUAAAGGGAACCAGAAGACCUGUGAAGUCUCCGCCUGGUGUCCCACGGAGGCCACGGAGGAGGCCCCCCGGCCUGCACUCUUGAACAGCGCCGAGAACUUCACUGUGCUCAUUAAGAAUAACAUCGACUUCCCCGGCCACAAGUACACCACAAGGAACAUCUUGCCAGGUUUAAACAUCACCUGCACCUUUCACAAGACUGAGAAUCCACAGUGUCCUAUUUUCCGACUAGGAGAUAUCUUCCAAGAAACAGGAGAUAACUUUUCGGAAGUGGCCGUUCAGGGAGGAAUCAUGGGCAUCGAGAUCUACUGGAACUGCAACCUGGACCGUUGGUUCCACAGCUGCCGGCCAAAGUACAGCUUCCGUCGCCUUGAUGACAAGAUGAGCAAUGGGUCCGUGUACCCUGGCUACAACUUCAGAUACGCCAAGUACUACAGAGAAAACAAUGUUGAGAAGCGGACUCUGAUAAAGGCCUUUGGGAUCCGCUUUGACAUCCUGGUUUUUGGCACCGGGGGAAAGUUCGACGUCAUCAUGCUGAUCGUGUACAUCGGCUCGACCCUCUCCUACUUCGGCUUGGCCACGGUGCUCAUUGACCUUCUCAUCUCCACCUACUCGAGCCGCUGCUGCCGGUCCCGCGUCUACCCCUAUUGCAAGUGCUGCGGCUGCUGCGCGGUCAACGAGUAUUACUACAGGAAGAAGUGUGAGUCCGUCGUGGAGCCAAAGCGGACAUUAAAAUAUGUGUCCUUUGUGGAUGAAUUCCACAUUAGGAUGGUGAACGAGCAGCUACUUGGGAGGAGUCUGCAGGAUGUCAAAGGCCAAGAAGUCCCAAGACCCUUGAUGGACUUCACAGACUUGUCCAGGCUGCCCCUGUCCCUCCAAGACCCACCCCCUGCUCCCGGACAAGCGGAGGAGGUCCAGCUGCUGAGCAAGGAGGAGCCGCCUCGGCCCAGCAGCAGCCCGAGCUGGUGCCAGUGUGGAAACUGCCUCCCUUCCCAGCUCCCCGAGAGCCAGCGGUGCCUGGAGGAGCUGUGCUGCCGGAAGAAGCCGGGCGCCUGCAUCACCACCUCGGAGCCCUUCAGGAAGCUCGUCCUGUCCAGGCGAGUCCUGAAGUUCCUCCUGCUCUACCAGGAGCCCCUGCUGGUGCUGGAUGCGGAUUCCGCCAGCAGCCGGCUGCGGCACUGCGCCUACAGGUGCUACGCGGCCUGGCGCUUCGGCUCCCAGGACCUGGCUGACUUUGCCGUCCUGCCCAGCUGCUGUCGCUGGAGGAUCCGGAUGGAGUUCCCCAAGAGUGACGGCCAGUACAGGGGCUUCAGGAGUCCCUACUGACCGGCCAGGGCCGAGCACAACCCAUCCACGUGUCUCUCUCACAUCGAUGUUUCUCUCUCUGUCUAUCUCUCUGUCUCUGUCUCUCUCUCCCAUCCAUUCUCUCUGAAAAGCAAUGGGAAAAAAAUAUCCUUAGGUGAUUAAAAAAAAAAAGAUCUGUGGCCAGAUUUUCAGACAAACAGAAACGUGCUUUCCUCGGCCGCAGCUCUGUGUGUGUCGGAGAGCAGAGAGAACCGGGCGAACAAACAAGCAAGCCGGGGUCCCUGGGCAUGGACCAAGACUCAGGAGAUUCAGACGUCUGUCUCAGUCCCGUCCCCAGGCAGCUGUGUGACCCUAGGCCUUCAGCCUGUGUACCUCAGUCGCCCCUUUACCCAGCCGACUACCCACAGAGACACUGGCAGGACACACUGAGACGUAUGCAAAGUUUCGAGUGGAUGCAUCAAGAGCCACAUGAAUACGAAGCCGCUCGGUGCGGGGUCAGACUAGGAUAAAAGCCCAGCUGUGAACAAGCCCCUUGGGUUUCCAGUUUCCAAAUCAGGUAGCUCACCAGCGCGGCCCUGGGAUCCAUCCACUCCGAGGGCGGCCCAGCUGCCCAGCACAUUGCAGCUGGGUCGCAUCUGGACGACAGGAGGUGAGCACGGCUGCUAAAAACAGGAAAAGGCCGCCUUUCUGCUUCUAACACCCUGCCCUGCGCGGCCGGUUAAAGCGGGUGCAGUCUGGGUGCCGCUCAGCACGCGGCCUCCACCCAGGGCCCUCGCCACGGCCGGUCUGCCCCUGAGAACACGAAGGGGGACAGCGCGGGUUCCAGGGCCCUCCUGUGGGACUUGCUUCCUGUGGUUUUGGCACUAGAAUCAGCGAUUUCUGAACAACUGUUUAAAGAGUAAAUAGAGACCGAUCUUCAACACUGUGACUCAUGAAGGACCUGUCAGGUUUUUUAUACAUAUUCCGAGAUUUACCAUUUUGAUACUUUUUAAAAAAAACAACACCCAGCAGCUUUCUACUGUAUUAAAAUGAGAUGAGCGAAACCCUUCUUUUUGCGAUCCAGGAUUUUAUCUGGCUUUCAACUCAGGAAUCAAGUUCAUUGGGCCGGCCGGAACUGCCAUUUUUGCUACCUUUCCAAGAUAUUUUUGUAAAAGUGGGUUAUCUAGGACUACUUCAGAAUGGAAAUUCUUACUCCAGCAUUCUGUUAUCAGCUACAGAUUUCCAUUCUGACGACCUCUGAGUCUUUAUACCUUUAUUUUUUUUGGUGCCUGAUUCCUGGUGAGUUUCUGUCACCUUGUGGAGAGACCCCAGAUAAAGUUGGAAUUUGGGGGUCACAGAUAGUCAUUGGAUCCACUCACUGUUUCCUUCACCUUCCCCACAGACGCUUUAAGUGAGAGGGUGGUCUGUGAUGUCAGCCGUGUGUACCAUGUCUGACACAUGCGUCAUGUCUGAACUCUCAGUUUCAGCCUCCUGCAUAAUACAAUGUCACUGCCAAGGGCACGCCGAGGAGAAUCGCACUUCUUGUAGGAUCUGUUUUCUUGUACGUCGGUCCACUCUCCUGUUAGGGUAACUGCACGGCACUCACCCCUUCAUCAUCAGCUGCGCUUUCCUGCAACACGGGCUGAUUUCAUGUAGAAUCGGUGAUGGGCUUGCAUUUCCCUCCUUACAGGGACCCGUGUUUUUAGACACUUCCUAAUUCAAGCUUGGCAAUGUCGAUGUCUUAACCUUUUUGAUAAUUAAAAAAAUACUGUAUAAUUUAUGAUUAUUGAAGUGUUCCUUGACCGGGAAUCAAACCUGCAAACUUUUGGUCAAGGCAUAUUAAAAAGAAUAAUUAAUUAAUAAGAGAAGCGUAAAAGAGCGCCAAGGGCACAUUUGGUGAGUGUUAAAAUCCAUAACCAAAGCCCAAGAGGACUGCCAAGGUACAAGAAUAAACCUGAACAUCUUCUACAAGUCUAAA